UCCUCGGUAGUAACUGCGUUCGUCCGGCAGUCGGUGUAGUAAAUCGGAAUCCCAUAUCUCAACAACACUCAUCAUGAAGUUUGCCGAACAUCUGGCCGCCCACAUCACGCCGGAAUGGCGCAAACAGUACAUACAGUACGAGGAAAUGAAGGCGCAACUGUAUGCGGCCGUCGAACAAUCGCCGUCAGCCGAACUGGUGGAUCCGGAGGUGCUGACGCGAUACUUUGCCAAAUUUGACGAGCAGUUUUUCCACUACUGUGAUAGUGAACUUGCCAAAAUCAACACCUUCUACUCUGAAAAACUUGCCGAAGCUACACGCAAAUUUGCCAACCUUCGAACCGAGCUGAGUGAAACGCUCGAGAUGGAAGAAAGCACCAAGAUGAAGAAGAAGGACAAUCUACACAAGAUGAAAAAGAAUCUGCUGCGCAAGAAGAACGUUUCGGUGCGCAAAAUUCAGGAACUGAAGCUUGCAUUUAGUGAGUUUUAUCUAAGCUUAAUAUUGCUCCAGAAUUACCAGAAUCUUAAUUUUACCGGCUUUCGGAAGAUUCUGAAGAAGCACGAUAAGCUGCUGAACGUUGAUUUCGGUGCACGAUGGCGCGCGGAACACGUGGAGUCGGCCCACUUCUACGUCAACAAGGACAUUGAUCGAUUGAUCCACGAGACGGAGAAUAUUGUGACGAACGAAAUCGAGGGAGGUGACCGACAGCGGGCUAUGAAGCGACUGCGAGUCCCUCCGCUUGGUGAGCAACAGAGUCCGUGGACUACGUUUAAGGUGGGCCUGUUUUCCGGUUCGCUCAUGGUGCUGUGUGUGGCCGUCGUCCUGUCGGCGAUGUUUCGUGUAAGGCGCGAUGACUGGAUCGUUGCUUUCCGGCUGUUCCGAGGACCACUGUUGAUUGUGGAGUUUAUGUUCCUGUGGGGCAUCAACGUGUACGGGUGGCGGUCGUCUGGCGUGAACCACGUGCUAAUCUUCGAACUGGAUCCACGCAAUCAUCUGUCGGAGCAGCACAUCAUGGAGCUGGCGUCUAUCUUCGGUGUGAUCUGGACGAUGAGCGUACUAGGUUACCUGUAUGCCGAUGCGUUGGCCAUACCGGCGUACUUAAGUCCACUGAUUCUUUACUUACUGAUGGCUGGAUUUUUACUCAAUCCGACGAAAACUUUCCGCCACGAGGCACGCUUCUGGACGCUGCGCAUCCUGAGCCGCAUUGUGCUGGCCCCGUUCUUCUACGUAAACUUUGCCGAUUUCUGGCUGGCGGAUCAGCUGAACAGUAUUGUGCCGGCUUUUCUCGAUCUGCAGUAUUUUAUCUGCUUUUUCUCGACGAUCAGCAACUGGAGCUAUGCAGAGGAUCCGAACCAGUGCAUUAACAAUUCGCUCUGGAUACGACCAGUCGUGGCGAUGCUACCGGCUUGGUUCCGUAUGGCACAGUGUUUGAGGCGGUUCCGUGAUACGAGAGAUGCUCAUCCACAUUUGGCAAAUGCGCUCAAGUAUUCGACAUCAUUUUUUGUCGUCAUCUUUUCGUCCAUUACGCAGGCCACCCGGGAUCAGUAUGCGAAGAGUUUGGAUAAUCCGUGGUUUUAUCUGUGGAUAUUGGCAUCGAUCGUGUCGUCGUGUUAUGCGUAUACGUGGGACAUCAAGAUGGAUUGGGGAUUGUUCGAUUCGAAGUCGAGUGAUAACAAGUUUUUGCGCGAUGAAGUCGUCUAUGGGUCGAAUUGGUUCUACUACUUUUCCAUCGCUGAGGAUCUAAUAUUGCGCUUCGGAUGGACGCUUUCCAUGAGCUUGAUCGAGAUGGGGUACAUCGAUCGGGAGAUUAUCGUAUCGAUUCUUAGCCCUUUGGAGGUAUUUCGACGCUUUAUCUGGAACUACUUCCGGUUAGAAAACGAGCAUCUCAACAAUUGUGGUAAUUUUCGUGCCGUGCGUGACAUUUCCGUUGCUCCAAUGGACUGUUCCGAUCAGACUACCAUACUGCGCAUGAUGGACGAAGAAGAUGGUGUCCGGAAUCGACGCACGGUGAAAAAAUUGGCCAACAAGAAAAAAUCCGAACAGCGUCUACUGCUCCGGGAGGCUGAAUCAACGGAAGAUUUGGAAAUCAGCGACAGUCCUAACAGGCGGGUCCAGUGGGAAAUUUAACGAAUUGGCAAACAGGUGUGUGAAGGAUUCGUAUUCCCUGACGCACCUGAAGCAAAAAUGA